GGACAACCUCCAAGAGCGCACGGGAGCAUCAAAGAAUUGGAGAAGCUUAUCGCCUAGCAACCACAAUUAAAGUACAACAAGUCGGCAGCGGUAGCGAGCAGCAUCGGAAGCUUUGCCGAGGAAAAAACAAAUCCAGCCGUGUGACCAAUCGCUACUGGAACGUGAAAGGAGUUACGACGGAGAGGAAAGGCAGAAGUUUGACAGACAGGUGACUGGAAAUUGGGAGUUUGGGGAUUGUGCGUUCCUUGAUUCGACAGAGUUUGGGCUCAGCUGACCGGAAGGAGAACCAACACAAAAAGUCAGAGUCUGGGAUUUCCAAAUUUACACAUCGCUUGUCCCUGAAGGAGCGUCCAUCCAAAGCAGAGAAGAACCAGGACAGACCUGCGUCCUACCGGAGACGAUCCCUCAGUGUGGACUGGGCUGACUCUGCCAAGAUGACACAGCCCAUGAGGACAGACCAGGCGCACCAGCCCAUCUCGACCCGUAAGUCCUCCAGCCUGUCCUCGCCGAGCGCUGCCCGCCGCCUCUACCGUAACCUCUCCGGAAAGUUCCGCGUGGGCACCAACCCCCCUUCUCUGGAAGACAGUGUGGUGUCAGGACGGGGCGGGGACAAGGAGCGGCUGCGCAAAACCACCAUCUUCCAGAGUAAUGAAGCCCUGUUUGAGGCGGUGGAGCACCAGGAGCUGGACCUGGUUCAGCUGCUUCUGUCCCAGUACAGUCUGGAGGAGCUGGACCUAAACACACCCAACAGCGAGGGCCUGCUGCCUCUGGACAUCGCCAUCAUGACUAACAAUGUGCCCAUGGCCAAACUGCUGCUGCGGGCUGGGGCCAAAGAGAGUCCUCACUUUGUAAGUCUUGAAGGGCGUGCGGUCCACUUAGCCACCCUGGUACAGGAGGCUGAGCAGCGGGUGUCUGAGCUCCAGGCCCAGGUGAGGAGUGAGGGCCCCAGCGAGCGCGACUUAUCUGACCGCGAAAGGCAGCUCAAGGCCUGGGAGUGGAGGCUCAGGCUUUUCCGGCGAAUGCAGAGCGGCUUUGAGCAUGCCAAUCCACCAGAUGCCCCGAGUGUGGUACGCCUGUCGGUCAGCAGCAGCACCAGUCUCAGGGUGGACUUCCAGGAGCCUGUCUGUGUCAACUCUGCCGUGGUCACCAAGUACAGAGUGAGCUGGAGUAACUCGCCCUCGUGCAGCCCACUGCUGGGAGAGAUGGUGGUGGAUGACACCACUCAGCUCCACUGCAACAUCACAGGACUCACUUGUGGCACAUAUUACUACGUUCAAGUGUGUGCAUACAACAUGAAAGGCUGGGGUCCCCCGCUUGUGUCCACUCCAGCUUGUGCUGCUCCUUCCAGUUGGAGGGACGUUGAUGGCCGAACCCCGCGGGUCAAACAAAAGGAGACAUUGGACCAACUCUUGGAGCAGAUAAAAGAAGCUCAUCGUCACUGCAUUUGUCACGAACAAUGCAAGGCUCCACAACAAGGAAGGAAACACUCAGUUUCAAAAAGCAUCAGACACCUCUUCCAAUCCACCAGCAAGUUUGUCAAAAGUUUAAAAAGAGGGCUUUACUUGACAACAAUAAUGUACAGAGAUGACAAUGUGCUGGUGACACCUGAGGAUCAGAUUCCAAUAGUGGAGAUGGAGGAUUCCUACUCCAACUCACUCAUGCAGGACUUCCUGUGGUUCACUAAGGUGUCUUAUCUGUGGGAGGAGAUCCCCUGGCUACAGCAGUGUCUCAGUCCCACACAGACGUCCUGCUCCUGCACACUGCAGACACGCCUCAAGAUGCUCCAGGCCAUCUCACAUCUCCAGGGAAUGCUGGGGACGCAGGAUCUUGGUCAGGUGUAUUUUGAGCCCAUAAAGGACAAACACGGAAAUGCACUGUUGGUUCUUCUAAAGGACAUGAACGCAUGUCCAAACCUGGAUGGAGUUCGCUGGAUGCAGCUUUGUAAACUGCAACUCCAACGCAAAUCCAUCUCCUCCCCUGAGGAGCCCACUGCCCUGGACACGCUCCUCAUCACGCUCCAUGAGAAGCUAGCGUACCACCGCAGGAGUCAAAAGGUCUUGUCUCCUGGCUUGUACCUGGGUUACCUGAAGCUAUGCACUUCUGUGGAGCAAAUCAGAGUGCUGGUGCCACAGAAACUGCCCAACGUCCUCUGUCACACCAAGAUACGGGACAACUGCAAUGUGUCCAGGGAGGAGUGGCAGUGGCUACAAGCCCUCUCUUCACUGGACGAGACUAUAGAGAUGGACCAUGACGUACAGAGUGCUCCUCACAGACUCGUACAGGAUCUACGCAGUGCCAUUAAAGACCUGAUGGCCCACAUCAAUGUCCCAGGGAACCAGGUGCAGGACUUCCGUAUCUACAGUCAGGAGGUGGUAGAGUUUGGGGAGAAGGUAUCUUUCCUGCUCUUGCUGCCUCCUUCAGAUGAAGUGUGCACGGCUCCUGGACAAAACAAUCCCUAUUCUCCUCGCUCGGGCUUCCUAACACUGCCACUGCAGAUCUUUGAACUGGUUCAUUUCAAUGCCUAUUCCCCCGGUUUCAUCGGUCAGUACUGCAGAGUAUCGGCCCUGCUGGAGCUGGAGUCGCUAAUGUCCCAGCAGGCUUUGAGAGAGGCCUUCUCUGAGGCUGAACUGCUGCAGGCCAAAAAGAAGCACCAGCAGAUCCAAGAGCACAUACAGCAAAUGGAGGAGGUGUGGCGAGAUGUGCGCUGGAUCAUGGACGCACUACAGUAUGCGCGCUACAAGCAGCCCACAGGAGGCAUCUCCAUCAGCUGGAUCAUAGACUUCUCCAAAGAAGUGCUGCCAGACAAGCCCCUGUCCACCUCCUCUCAGACAGACUUCAUGCCCUCACCCCUUCCCUCUCCGGAGCCCUGCCGCAAGCACUCCGAUUUUGCAGGCCUAUCUGAUGAGGAGGGUUCCUCCGAGGUCUUCCUGACCACAGACAGUGACUAUGACUCAAGUCGCGCUCAGAGUCCUCGUGAGUUGGACCUACUGCCCCCAUCCCCUCUGUCCUGCACUGCCCCCCUGGAGUCUCGGGGUCUCCUCCGCAGUGAUGGGAGCAGCUCAGGAGGGUGCAUGAGCAGCGGGGGACGAGGGCCACUUAGAGACUCCACACCGGAUGUCCUGCAGGCCUCUGAGCACAGCCGGGACGGGGAGCGCUGUGGAGGGGUGGGUCUAGGAGUGCGGAGAAGAGGAGCACCGGAGCUGUUUGACAGUGACUUCAUUCUGCCCAGCCGACAGAUCGAACUGUUGCACAUCACAGAGAAGAGACAGGCCUUCUGUGUGAGGACCAGCAGUCUGGAGUUUCCCUCUCCUACCUCAUCCCACCCACAGCCUUACCCCCAGCCCACCAGCCGCCUCUCUCCCUCUACACCCCCGCAAAAACGCUUGCACAGGCCUUCCUCAGUGGACCGCUGCUGUCCCAAUGAGCGGCCUCCACUUCUACCCCCCACACGCACCUUAUCAGAGGACAGCGGCACCCAACGGCUCACAUCCCCUUCGCCCACUGCUCUCAGGAAAGGGUGCCAUGUUACGCUCCGGGUGUAUCCACAAUACCGCACUGGUCUGCCCAAAGACACGUGUGUUAAGCUGUGCGUGACUCCAGGCACAUCAGCGCGGGAGAUGGUGCAGCUGGUGGUGCAGGAGAUGAACAGUGUUGCUCGGCGACUGUUGGGCAGCAGCGGUGAUGGAGGGGACAGUGAGCCGCGUGCAGACGGCCAAUGUGUCUACUACAGCCCUGAACAGUUAAAGCACUUUGGACUGGUCCUCGUCCUGGACAACAGAGAGAAGUGGCUGCAGGAUGACUUCUGCCCUCUAGAGCUACAGAACCCAUGGCUCAGAGGGAAACUGUGUGUCCGAAUCAAAGAGUACUCUCCUCUGGCUUUGACACAGAGCCGCGCCACCACUGUGUGACAGCACAUGCACACAAUACACAGCAUCAUUCUCCUUCUUACAACUGCAGCUAUAAAACACUCUUAUCUGAAAAGCUUCAGGAGAAUUCUAUGAAAUCUCUCCAACAACAUUUUAUACACUUCGCAGAAGCUCAUAUGGACACCAAAUGAACAGUAACUAAACAGAACACAGCGCUCUCCCCAGUGUCAGUCAAAGAAUGACACAGUACUACUUGUGGUGUCACCAGCGAACAGGGCAGUACAGGUCCAAGUGUUGUACAAGUCUUUUGGUGCUGUCUGAUAGCAACUAGAUACUGCGAUCUCUUUCCUCUGUACAGUCAGUAGUCAAUAGUAGUGUAGCUCACUAAUAAAACCACUAUGUUGUGAAUUCAAACCAGCUCAUUCCAAUUCACAAAAAAAGAGAACACAAGCAAUACUUGAAAACGCAUGUGACCCUGUUGUACAACAUCCAGAGGACUGGAGUCAUGCCGUGCUAGAACUUAACCAGUUAAGUAUUUUUGUUGUGCUUCGUUUCGUGGUAUUCCCAGAUGUGUCAGGAAGCGGUGCCCGUCAGUCUAGAGCCGAGUCUCCCCGAGGAUUCUGGUGUGAAAGGGAUGACUUAAGUUGUCAAGAGGCCCAGCGUUUGUAAACAAACUUGCAUACCAUAUAUUCCAAAUGGAUUCUUCAACUGCUUUCGAAAAGUUAUUUAUGAAGUGACUUUGAUAUAGCGCCGUUGUGUCAGUCAUGGUCUUUCAGGCCUAAAACCAGCUUUUAUUUAUGUCGUAUUUACAGGAAGCAAUGGCAGCAUUUGGCAAAGAUUGUAAUUUGUCAUUGCAGGCAAAAUCACUUCAUUGAUUUAAUUUAUCAAGCCUAUUUUUAAGAGACUUGCAAUAUUUUCAGAUCUAGUAUUGAGCUUACAUUAGCUGACAUAUGUAGCGGCUGAAAGGGGAGGGUGAUGUCAGUGGACCUGGCCUCCAGUACUGUAGCAUUCCAGGUUCAGAAUGAUGGAGAACAUGCGUCUGCUGGAUUACAACCCACUUUAUAAGUGUUUACAAAGAGCCCUGUUCCUAAACCUCCACAAUGUGUUUACGUGUAACUACUGUAAAAAAAAAAAAUCUACUGAAAAAAACUGUAAAAGUGUUAGUGCUUGGAUGUAAUUCUGUUUUAUAUGAUGACCAAAAAAACUUUUGUGUACAUAGCACCAGAUCAUAGCAGGGAUUGAAUGUACUGUAUAGGCCCAUAAUGUGAAGGUAAAUGAAUGUGGGGUCAAAGGUCAGGGGGGUUUAUGCUGCAGCCAGAGCUAGAGCUGAGGGAUUUCAGGUUUCCAGUGAAAAAACUUUAGUCCCCCCCCCCCAUGUUUACAAGGAGCUGUUGGCACAUCCAUCAGGCCCAGUCAUGAA